CAAAUUAAAAAAUAUCCCGUUUUGAUUCAAAGACUGCAAAGACUUUUUGAUGCAAAGCUGCAAUGUGAUGUUUUUAUUCGUUAAAAGCAAAUUAUUCACUAAUUAAAUAUUAUUUCAAACAUCUUAUUUAAAAACACAUCGUUUUUUGAAACAUUACAUGCUUUCUCCAAAUAGUUAUUUAGAAACAUUAGAUGGCGUUUCCUCAGCCUAAUGCUCAAAGAGAGUUGACAAAUAGGAAGAUAUUAGAGGAUCUGCAGUUGAAGAAACAGAUGCUUUUGAAACAAGGCGCUGUUGCUCCGUUAACAGCAGCCCUGAGUCAGCCAAAUCCUGUCAGUCAGCUUCCUAUGUGUUCCAUCCCUCCAGUUUCGGCAACAGCUGGUUUUCCUCAACUUCCUGAAGCAAAUGUGAUAAAUACUAGUCAUAGAGCUGCACUCCAGCACGCCAACGCAACAUCUUGUGGUUAUUUUGUAUCUCAGGAUUCCUCAUUUGGCAAUCAAAUUCUACCAGUUUUACCUCGUUGAGAACAAGUGAUAAUGACUGCAUUAAUGAAGCUGAAAACCUUGGAGGGUCAUCUACAGGAUCUAAAGGGUUUUACUAAACCAAAAAUUAAAUUUGAGCAGUACGAGACACCCGCUCAUAUUGCUGCAAUUGCUCUGUACACAAUUCAAACACAAUUUGGAGAUUUGGAAGAUAAACUCAUUUUAGAUGCGGGUUGUGGCCCUGGAAAUCUGAGUAUUGGUGCAGUGUUGCUAGGUGCUGGGUUCGUGACAUCUGUUGAAAUAGAUGCUGAUGCACUGGAAGUCUUUCAAGAAAAUAUACAAGAAAUGGAGAUUGAAAACAUUGAUAUUGUUCAAUGUGAUUUUCUUAGUGAGAGCUAUUUUAGAUGGGAAAACAUGUUUGAUACAGUAAUAAUGAAUCCACCAUUUGGUACCAAGAAUAAUGCUGGUAUUGAUAUAAAGUUCCUUCAAAUGGGAAUCCAUUGUAGUUACGACACUAUUUACUCACUACAUAAAUCUUCCACAAGGUCGCACAUUGAGAAGAAAGUAAAAGAAUGGAACAUGAAAGGUGGCGUUGUUGCAGAAUUACGGUACAACUUACCCGCUACAUACAAAUUUCACAAGAAACAAUCUCUAGAUAUUGCAGUGGAUUUAUGGAGAAUACAACAUGUGCGCUCGUAACAAAUACAUAUAUAUAUUUUUUUAUUGCCUUUGUAGACAGAUGAAUAUACGGUCCACCCGAUGGUAAGUGGUUACCGUCGCUCAUGGACAUCAGCAAUGGCAGAGAGCCAAGCCACUGCCUACCAUAUAGUGUACUCAAACGAGUACCAAACUAUUUAAUUGGUUUAAUAAUAUUGUCGCAUAUAAAAAGAAAUGUAUUUUUUAUUAUAGAAGUCACGAGUCUGGUAGACUGUGAUUUUACUUUAUAUUGUAAAUAAAAUCAGUUUUUUUGUCAGUUUAAAUAAUAAGUAUAGUAUCAAAUUAUUUUGUAG